UCACUGCGCAGCCGCGAGAGGGCGGUACCAAGGCGGCUGCGACAUGGGGGGGCGCGGAGCAGACGCCGGAAGUAGCAGUGGUACGGGUCCCACCGAGGGGUACUCACCACCGGCACAGUCCACCCGAGCCGCGGCGAGAGCCAAGGCCCGAGGGGGUGGGCGUGGCGGCCGCCGGAGCACAACACCCUCUGUUCCCUCUUCUCGCAGUGCGGCUCCGCGUCGCUCCCCUCCACCCGCUGCCAUGAGCGAGCGCCUCCGCCCCAGGAAAAGGAGAAGGAAUGGCAAUGAGGAAGACCACCACCUUCCCCCGCAGACCAAAAGGAGUAGUAGAAACCCUGUUUUCCACGAUUCCUGGGACACAGAGACAGUACCUGUAACGAAAAACAAAGAAAACAGACUAAGAGGAAACAAAGUUUUCUGCGCGUCUUCAAGCAGUGACAGUGGCGGGAGCAGCAGUGGCAGCAGCAGCAGCAGCAUCAACAGCCCGGACAGGGCCAGUGGGCCCGAGAGCAGCUUAAACCACGUCGUCACGGGGUCCAGCCCCAACACCCCCCAGCCCGUGCCCGAGCAGUCCGCACUGUGCCAAGGCCUGUACUUCCACAUCAACCAGACCCUGAAGGAAGCCCACUUCCACAGCCUACAGCACCGAGGACGGCCUCCCACAUGAUGGGCGGGCGGUUUCUUGCCUUCUGUGAAGGGACAGCGCUGUGCAGAUUUGAUAUUUCAUCUUACGAUGUUUCAAAAAAUUGCACAAAAAAAAUGCCUGUUGGCUCGUCAGUCUAUAUUUGAAAUAACAGGUUAACAGGCCGUUGUUUACUUGUGGUUUUGCUGCACUAUUGCAAUUUUAAAGGGGCUUUGAAGCAAUUUUUUAUAGGAUUCUUUUGAGGGUGGGUAUCCAAUCCAUGUCAAGGUAACGGUAUGAGGAAUCACCUGCGUGUUGAAUCCAUAGUUUGUCCAAUUCAGACUGAUUUCCAAAUCUGUCAAUUAGAAAUUCAUGUAAAAAGGCCUUUUAAAAGUGCGGGAUCUCCAAUUUUUUAAAUUCAAUAAACUAGUGAAGAGUAUAUAGUUUCCAUGAAAGAGCAUACGUUUUUCCAAAAUAUAGAAAGCUUGAUUCAGUCUUGCACUGAAAUUGCCAUACUACCUCUUAGUAUGUAGACGCCUGUUACUCUUUGUAACAGAACAGUGCGAUUCAAGUGAGACUGUGUAAGUGAGCACCCUCCCUAAUAACUGUCUUCUCUCUUUGUUAUAUAUUUGUAUUUCUAGAGAGAAUGUCUUUCAGACUCUUGUAUACCCAGAUCACCUCUGUCACCGUCAUUGCUCCAGAGCCUACAUCUCAGACCUGGUAGAAACAUUGCAAUUCCGACAGUCAAGAAAUACGUAAUGAUUUUUUGUCUUACUCAUAGACUUGUUCUGUUGGCAGCUUAUGUGGUCUCAUUGAUAAUUCCACCUUGUAGUGUCCAGAAUUAAGGCAUUGUUGAGUGCUGACAAAAUGUAAGCUAUCCGAAUCGAUGUCUAAAGUCACAAGUGUUGUGAGACUGUUGGCCAAGGAUUCACUCUAUGCUUAAACUUAACCCCCUAACAGUAACGAGGGGCCACAUUCCACCACUGAAACUGGAAAAGACGGGCAUGGCUUAGAGACAAACGAGCAGAGGCACCUUUAGUAGAAAUGAUGCAGUAGUAUUUAUUUGGAGAGUGAUGGACAUGUCCCUGUGUUAUUUGGUCAUACUAGAGAGCCAACCAAGUUUGAAUAACGAAGGUGUAGACGAGUCUUCUUCCUCACUGACAAGCUGUCUGAAUAAGGAGCCAGGAUGCGUCGGGUCAUCUGCUCGGGAGAGUGCCGGGGGGACAACCUGCCAUUGCAUGGAGAGGAAAGUGCCUUAGAGUCCACCCAGAUCCUCCCGCCUGCCCACACCCUCUGCUCCACGCGGAGUGCACACCGCACACGGCAGAUCUGAGAAGCACGGAUAGCUCGAGUUCAGGGGAUUCGAAAAGCACGUGGGGACAGCUUAACUUUGAAGAUGAGAACUAUUGCAGGAAAGGGGGAGAUACAGACCUCCUUUCCAUGAUUUGUCUUUCUACUAUGGACAGAAUUUAAAAGGUCAGUGAUUUGAAGUAGGAAUUUAGAAUUGUGGUGGGAAGUUAUUGUACAGGCCAGUGCUUAGGGAGUGGAUGGUUUGUGCAAGAAUUUUUUUUUUACUACCAUCUCCCAAGUUUUAAAACCAGAUGUUUGACAAGGAUUUUGGAUUUUAAUGGGUUUGAUGGCAGGGAAUAUGGAAAGGAUUCGUUGCUAAUAUUUUGUAUAGCAAUAAAGCAGAUAACUAAAUGCUGUAUGAAGCCAGCAUCUGAGCUCUCAAACACACAUGUAUACAACACAAUGCAGAAAUACCCAGGAUCCUCCUGCAGGCUUAAUGGAUGGUAGCCUAUUGAAACAAAACGUGUAUUAACAAGAAAUUGUAAAACUUGAGAAAGCAAAUUUCCUUUUAUUUACCACCCAAGUAAAAGAAAUAGAAGAUGAAACCUUCACUGAAACAAAUCAGGCUUUUUUUUUCCACAUAAGUAUGACAGUACUAGGUAAGCAGUCUACCCUUUUUUCUUACAAAAACUAAGGAAUAACCUCCAUCGCACUUGCAUAUUUUCUGCAGCCUUGGCAGCCUGAAAUCCGUAUCUGUUACGAGGCUACUUGAUAAGUAAAUGGACAUCUUUUCAACCUAUCAGCUCAAGCUAGUAAAACCUGUACUUCUAUAUUGCGCCGCCAUUAAAAACAGCAUUAGUGCA